UGCUUAUAUUUCUUUUAACUCAUUACAUUUUACUUACUUCACUUCCCAAUCCACAAUAUUAUCAACUCAUUCGGACUUCUCUUUACAAAAUGACUGACUGGCCAAACUUGGAGCACGACUCGUGCAUCACUAACUCUUCUUCUUCUUCAUCUUCAUCAUCAUCGUCCUCCUCGUCUUCUGGAUUCUCUCAACCAAACCCACAUACUAAGAAACCCGACCCGAUAUCAGGCCCGAAAACUACUACCAAACAGAACAAACGACCGAGGGACACUAAUAGUAAGCAUCCAGUGUUCAGAGGGGUCCGAAUGCGGACAUGGGGCAAAUGGGUAUCCGAGAUCCGAGAACCCAGAAAGAAGAACCGGAUCUGGCUUGGUACUUUCUCCACUCCUGAAAUGGCGGCACGUGCGCAUGACGUGGCAGCAUUGAGCAUCAAAGGCACCUCCGCCAUUCUCAACUUCCCCGAACUUGCCGGGUCCCUGCCCCGACCCGCCUCCAACUCUCCCCGCGACGUCCAAGCCGCUGCCGCCAAGGCAGCUUCAAUGGAAGUGUUCAAUACUCAGCAACAACAGUCGUCAAUGUCACCGUCAACAACAACAACGUCAACGUCAACGUCAACGUCAUCAUCGUCAGUACUGGAAGCAAGUGACGUGUCCACCCCGGAAGAGCUGAGUGAGAUAGUGGAGUUACCGAGUCUAGGAACGAGUUACGAGUCGAGUGAAUGUGGGAACGAGUUGGUUUUUGUUGACUCGUGGUACGAUUACCAUUAUUAUUACGAAGAAGGUUAUUGUGGAGGAGAGUAUUUUAAUGAUCAGAUGUUAUCAAUGCAAGAUAGUGUGAUUACAACUGGGUUUGAAGCUUUAUUGUGGGAACAUUAAAUAUUAAUGUGCAGAUUUCGGUGUGUUCACUUUACCUCACUGUUAAUUUUGGAUCAGGAGUUUUCUUUUUUCCUUUUUUUUUUUUUUUUUUUUGGUGUUUGGUUUCCGUUUGAUGUAAGCCCUUUUACAAUCUUUUUUUUUUCUUAAAAGAUUUCAAAGGGCAAAAGGUUAUCUUUUCUUAAGUUACUAGUUACUGGGUCUGCAGUUGCGGAUUAGUGUGGUUUCUUUGGUUAGUGUAUACGUAACAGCUAUUAAUUGAAAUAAGAUAAAUGCAAUAUGCGACUGUCUUCUUCCACUUUGGCGUUACUUGAUUCCCCUUGAAGAUCAAUGUUCAAUAGUCAAAUUCUGAAUGCGUUAAAGACAUUGGAUUACCAGAAUAUAUAAGAGCCUGGAGAUGAGAUGAUAGUGUUGUUAUACAGGGGUGAGAUAUUAAUUACGGUUAGACUUUAGGUGGAAGUUAAUUGUUUGGGUAUUUAUUUCCUGUCAAAUGAAAGUGUAAUACAGUAGUUGUUG